AUGGCGCGUUCUUCCAGUAUCGAUCUAGACUCGCCGGAUCGGCCUUUCGAUAACAUCAUCAACUUCCGCGAUGUCGGCCGGACGAUCAACCACUUCUGUGGUGCCCAGAUCCUAAAAGAAGGCGUUUUCUUUCGCAGUGCCCGGUUGGAUGAUGCCUCCGAACGAGAUACCCGGCGCCUAGCCGACGACUUGCACAUUGCAACCGUGAUCGACCUUCGAUCGCAAACAGAGCAUCAAAUGGCCACUCGCAAGCGCCGCGCCGAGCUUGCAUCGACAGACGACAGCGCUCAAGAGGUCGAUCUGACUGCCGCUCCGGUACCGCUCGACGCGGAUGAACACCUCGUCCAGAUCCCCGACUCCCACCGCGCCCCAAUCAGCCUAACAGGCAAGGGGUUCGAGCGGGCCUUGCUAGCCAAGCUCGAUUGGUACACCUACAUCAAAGUCCUCGGUAUGGCCAUGGCAGGCUACCGCCACGAUGCUCUCCGCAUCAUCGGCCAACAGGUCAUGCAACCCCGCGGCCUGACCGGCCUCGCCAAGGACACCCUCGACGCCAGCACCUCCGAGCUCCGCUCCAUUUUCGCCCUACUCGCCACCCCGCAGUCCUACCCAGUACUUGUCCACUGCACCCAGGGCAAAGACCGCACCGGCCUGGUGGUCUUGUUGGCCUUGUUACUUGCCGGCAUUUCCGCGCCCGCGCUCGUGGACGAUUACACCCGCUCGGAACUCGAGCUCAUCUCCGAGUUCGAGGAGCGCAUGCGCGAAAUCCGUGCCCUCGGCCUGGACGAGGACUAUACGCGCUGCCCGCCGGGCUUCAUCGACGAUAUCACCGCGUAUCUGGAAGAGAAGUACGGGGGCGUGCAGAGCUAUUUAGCGGGCAUUGGGGUCGAUGCGCCGAUGCAAGAACAGAUUCGACAGACGCUUUUGGUUCAGUGA